GAGAGUCCAGAUAUUGUGCCCCCAAUCCCUAGAAAACCUGCAGGAAGACCAAAAAAGAAGAGGAUUAAACAACCUGAUGAAACAAGGAAUCCUUUCAAGGUGUCUAGGGCAGGUAAGCAGGUGGUUUGUGGCAACUGUAAGCAAGUGGGACACAAUGUUAGAGGGUGUAAGACAUCCAUAACUGGAGAAACACCAUGGCAAAGGAGAAAGAGAUUAGGAAAGAAAAAAAAUGUCCAAACAGAAGCAGAGGGUGUUGAUGAUAUUUCUGAACCAACCUCCCAUGAGCCACUUCAGACAACCAAUAAUGACAGUGAAUUGACAACUCCCAUGACCCAUGAUCCGGUUUCCCAAAGCACUGGAGGAAGAACAAAGAAGAAAAGGAGAAUCAGCACUUCACAACCAACCCAACCAUCUUCCAAAAGAGUGACUAGGUCCUCAAGUACACAGCCCUCAAUGGGCACACAAAGUUGAGGAUUAACUGACAAGAGACCAGAAAUGUUGCAGUUUUGUUGUGGGGAGAAGAAGAAUGGUGCUUUAGUAGACAUGUUUAGAUAUCAGUAUAUGAACUUUUAAAUCAUGCCUUAGUAAGCAUGUGUUUUGUAAUGAUACAUAUGUAAGGAACAUAUUUUGUGGUUAACAUAUGUUCUGAAGUUGUUGUAGGUCAGUGUUUUGGUAUAUGUUCAGUUUAGUAUUUGUUGGAUGAAUUUCGUAUGUGUU